AUGCCGCCACCAACUCGACGCAAAGAGCCCCAAGAUCUCGAUCUGGAGUGGGUUGCCCGCGAGCUUGUACCGUUUCUGGAAUGGGCCUUUGGUGAGAAGUAUGGGCGACCGCAGAGAACGAAAGCCUAUUGGGUCGAGAAGGUGCUCUAUGCGAGGUCCAGGAUAGACAAUGUGCCAUACUACAUAGACUUCCCCUCCACAAUCGACACCCUUCGCCUUUACCUCGUCAACAAGGCCCAUCUUACACCAAAGGAGCUGCUAGAAUUUUCGAGCGUCGUCGUCCGGGGCGAAAUGCUGUGCGUUCGCAUGUUUGUCCGCCAUGCUAUCAAUCAUUGGACGUACGAUCUGUACUCGCUGGGCACACACCAGAGUCCGUAUUUUCAACGUCCGAUAACGGCGCCAAUGCCUAAGCAUCCGCAUAUCAAACUUCCCGAGUCAGAAUACGCAGCAGUGAUGGAAGAACUGCUGAAACAGCUGGACAACUCCGGCACCAGCAGUGGAAGAGAAGGAUGCAGCCGGGAAGGCUCUGUUCUCAGAUAUCGCAGUAAUCUGUCCAGUGUCAGAUACUCAAGUGAUGGCUCAGAUACAUCUACAACGCAGUCCUCAGGUCCAUCUUCCUCACGUCCAUCUGUAACGCAGUCAGAGCCCAUCGUCCGGUACCGUCACGCUCUUGGUUCUCUACCAGAAUCUCAAACAUCGUCUACUACGCCGCAAGAUUGGCAACAUUAUCCUUCGAGAUCACAGCAUGAAUAUCCUCAGUCUUAUGGCCCAUACCCCGGUCCUCACGGCAUGCAUGGGCCCAGUGUUUCUACGACAACGCAGACGAGUAUUCCACAGUAUCACCAACAAUAUCCACAGUACAUACAGUGUCAAAACCUCAAUCCGCCACGGCCCACCGAUUGGUACUACCAUUCAUCGUGGAUGGAUCACACGAUGCCGUAUCAUCCCCCCCGGACCAACUCUUUUCUACCAGAGAUGGGCAACCCUUAUGCCGCUCGCCCCCCGCCAACAGCAAUGGCAAAUCAGCCCAUGACGCAUGAUUUUGUUCCUGGAAAAGAAAAAUCUACUCUCGCUCAUACGGCUGCGGAUGCAUACGUGCCACGUCCUGAGGCUAAAGAGUUCAUCCCUAAAGCUGCGCGUAGAUCCGGACUGCUUUAG